CGUUGUCAUUCGCCAAGACUUUGGCUCUCACGAUCGCACUCAGCGGCCCGUGGGCAUCAGCAGAUGCUUCUAUUUGCGGCCGAGAAACACUAUAUCGAUCGAUAUCACGCCUUGGUCCUCGAGGAGCCGAGUGGCUAUGGGCCGGCUACAGCCACGCCCCAAAUUGGAUACGAGGCCUGCUCAAGCUCUGGGAUAAAGCUCGAUCAUGGAGCUCCAUUCCGAGUAUCUACGAAUCCCCGUUGCUCUCGCCACAUUUGAACCGCCAGGGACGCUGCCGACAUGAACAGCCUGCAUACGCACAUCAUACUUGACUAGCAUGGGGAUCUCAAGCUGCAGGUCGGAGAGCCAGACGAGGAAAACAGUGCGACUUUCGUCACCUGCUCCCGGACCUUGGCUCGCGUGUCUCCCGUCUUCGACCGCAUGCUCUACGGGACUUUUGCCGAGGCGAAAGAUAACCAAGACGCUCCUGACGACUGGACGAUCAGCCUCGGGGACGACAACCCCGACGCCAUGAAAAUCUUCCUCGACAUAGCACACGACCAUUUCUCGGCCAUUCCCAAAGCACUAGCGGUUGGAGACCUUUACGACCUGGUGGUCUUGACACAUUACUACGACUCGACCCGCUUGCUGACCCCUUGGGUUGAGAUGUGGAUGUCGUCUCUCGGCAGCGAGCAGCAAACACCGCCCAGCGACAUGCCGAAGCUGCUCUGGAUAUCGUGGGAGUUUGGCCGGAAAGAGGACCUCACCGCGAUUUCCCAACAAAUGCUGUUGGAAUUUGACGGCACCUGGUUCAAUGAUGCCGGCAAUCUCGAGGAGAUCCAGACUCCGCCUUAUAUCAUCGAGAGGAUGGUAUCGAUCCGGUCCACGACUAUUCGAAAUCUGCUAGACAUUUUCCACGACAUGGUCGAGACUCUCACGGUCGUGGACGAGAAGCCCAGGUGGUGCCGUCACGCGACGUGGAUGGGGCAUCACAGAUGCGAGUCCAUGAUCUUAGGCUCCAUGACCUUUUGCCUAACUCGGGCGGAGCUGUGGCCGCUGCCGGACCCCUCCGAUGUGCGGUACAGUGUCGCCGGAUUGUAUAAGAAGCUGGCCAGCUUGAUCAUCCACGACAUAGGCGAUAUCAAGGGGACGCCCUCUGAAGACCACCGACAGUGUAAUCCUCGAGAGCACUUGUUGUACCAGGUGCAGCAGGUCAUGGAACGGAUCCCGGAUCUUUUAACAGACUACCACAAGAACCGCCUGGAAGAGCAGUCACGGGGACUCGAGGCCGGGGCUGGAGGUUAAUGAUAGGCGGGCUCGUAGGUUGACGGUGUACAGUACAUGUGGGGGUGUGCACAUCUUGCUCGUAGAUUGUGGUCGAGAGGGGCGUAGAGACGGUGCAAGCUGCUGGCUAGCUCGUCGAUUAUCGAUGAGCACGACAGUUCUAGAACACACUACUGACCAUCGCUAAUGGGUUCUGACUUUUGAGAGACUUGGCAGGCGAUGGGUCGCAGCACAAUUGCUCCAUGCAUGCCAAAGGAAUGGCGGCGAGCAGGGAUACCUACCCUAUAGAACCAGAUUUUGGACGACGACUUGCUCGUGAAGCCUCAUAUCAUCUCCUGACGCGGAUUCAGAGUCCACCGAUCAGUCCAAG